AUCUGGUUAAUCAAUCAUAUUAUGGCACUUCCUACUGACAACUCUAGCUCUUUCAAAUUGUUAUUUUAUAUUCAGUCUUCCCUCAAACACGUACUUUUAAGCAAGCAAACAUUGUUCUGCACACCGCACAAAACACACAGUUGACAUAAUAUCUUUCCUUUCGCAUAUCUGUCAUUAGAUAAAGAGAGACGGCGGACACGUGAAACACAGAUGGGAGCCCUCCUUGGAGACAGGACACAGACAAAAUGCGGGUUCUUCGUAAAGGUUACAAGAAGAAGCUGCUAGUGUUGCUGUCGAUUUCUGUGGUUAGCCUCCCCCUGACCUGGCUGGUCGGCCACUCCCCACAAGAUGGCGCCACUGAGACAGCCCAGGAUGAACGGUGGUUCCAUCCCUCACUAUAUGGCGGGGAUGUGGCCCAGCAGGGGAAACUACUGGACUCCUGGCGAUACAACGAUCUCACGAACGCGCUUGAUCAUGCAUAUAG